GAUAGGGUUUAUACUUUAUAACCCGAGCGGAGUUCCGCUCCUGUAAGCGUUUCGUCUUCUCCUCUCCGUUGCCGCCAAGGUCCCAGCUCGGAGCGCCGAAGAGGAGGAGCGCCAUGGCCUUUGUGAAAACCCUGAAGACUAGGGCUUACUCCAAGCGUUUUCAAGUGAAGUUUAAGAGAAGACGACAGGGAAAGACUGAUUAUCGUGCAAGGAUUCGACUGAUAAAUCAGGACAAGAAUAAAUAUAACACACCGAAGUAUCGAUUUGUUGUUCGAUUUUCGAACAAAGAUAUUGUUGCACAAAUAAUAUCUGCAAGUAUUGCUGGUGAUUUGGUCCUUGCAGCAGCUUAUUCCCAUGAACUUCCUCGAUAUGGGCUUGAAGUGGGUCUCACCAAUUAUGCUGCAGCUUAUUGUACUGGGCUUCUCCUUGCUCGCCGUGUUCUGAAGAUGCUUGAAAUGGAUGAGGAAUAUGAGGGAAAUGUGGAGGCUACUGGUGAAGAUUUUUCUGUUGAACCUGCUGAGAGCAGGAGGCCCUUCCGUGCUCUCCUUGAUGUUGGCCUUGUCAGAACAACAACAGGCAAUCGUGUAUUUGGUUGUCUUAAGGGAGCAUUAGAUGGUGGUCUGGAUAUCCCUCACAGUGAUAAGAGGUUUGCUGGUUUCAAUAAGGAUGGAAAACAACUUGAUGCAGAGGUUCACAGAAAAUACAUUUUUGGUGGUCAUGUUGCUUCUUACAUGAGGAUUCUGAUGGAGGAUGAGCCAGAGAAGUACCAGACUCAUUUCAGUGAAUAUAUUCAAAGGGGUAUUGAGCCUGAUGACCUGGAAGGGCUAUACAAGAAAGUGCAUGCUGCCAUUCGAGCAGAUGCAACAAUGGCGAAAUCCACUAAGGAGCCUCCAAAGGAGCACAAGAGAUAUAACUUGAAGAAGCUAACUUAUGAGGAGAGGAAGGCCAGACUCAUUGAGCGAUUGAACGCCCUCAAUGCAAGCACCCACGAUGACGCUGAUGAAGAUGAAGAUGAAGAUGACGAUGAGUGAAAGUUUAGCAGGGUUUAGGCUUUAGAUUUGUCAAUCUGUAUUACUUUAUUAUGGUUUUCUGCACUUCAGCCAACUUGGAAAACCCUAAUUACUGAAUUUUUGUUUAUGAUGUCAGACAGUUUUCUCAGAUUUUGGCUUUUCAAAAAGGAGAAUUUUAAUUUUUGUUCUGAGGU